AAGCGAGAAGGAUAGUUCCGCGUCGGCGGUUCGCGGCGGAGUGCGGCGGAGCUCGCGGAGUGAUACGCUUCGGCCCGGGAGCAGGGACUACUUGCGUGCGCGCGCAGGGCCGCGCAGGCGCCGGGCUGCGUGGGCUCAGUCUGCGCAUCGCGGCCGAGCAGGGUAGUUGAGCGCCGCCGAGAGGUUGGAUCCGAGCGAGUCAGUCAGAUCGCAGAGGCCCGAGGAGGCGAGCGUUCCGUCAUGGGCGAUCGCGAGAGAGAUACGGCGUUGUGUCGUCGCGCGUCCUCCUUGUCGGGCAGCCAAUCGACGCCCGAGGACGCUCGCUGACCGAUCCGACACCAGUGGAGCGGCGAGUCGCGUUGCGUACGAAUGGUGCCGCGCGUUCCGUAACCCAGUCGGAGCUCGGUCGCGCAGGCGGGAUCGAUUAACGGCAGAGACCAGGAACGAACCGACAGUGGGUAAUUCUGGAGUCCCCGAGGUGCAUACCAUCUCGUAUCGUCAAGCCUCGUCCGAAGUUCGACAUAACCUCCCUGAGGCCGGGAAGUCCCGGAAUCCCGGAAUUGCCGGCGAGCUCCGAGGAGCGCCGGAGCUGCGCGCGCAGGCGUGGCUCGCUUCCCGGAGUGGAACCACGUGAGGCUCGGUGCGGGUGGAGCUGCGCGCGCACCCGCCGUGUUUUGCCGUCUGCCCGGUCGAGCGGGGCGCGAUUCGACUCGCCGCCUUCGAGCGGGCCGUUUCACCGACAUUGGAAAGGCGGCCUCGACUCGUAAACAACGUGGAGAUCUUUUCCACGUCCAGGAAUCCGAGGCCCACGUGACUAGCCAUUGGCAAGGUGCUGGAAAAGCCGCGGUCGGUGCGAUAUUUCGAGGAUACUCGAUUCGAAUUAACGAUCGAUCCCUUCUCAAAUCUUGGAAAGGUCGCCGGACGGCCAAUCGUCGCUUCCACGUUUGAAUUCGGCGCGCGAGUUGCGCGCGCAUCUUGCGGCGAGGCGUCAACGGCGCGACCGGCCGAGCGGAAGAAAAGGGAAGAACCGGAGGAAGAGGAGCCGGAUGAUCAAUCGAAAGGCGCGUCGCAAGGUCUUAGGCGAGUAUCGAGGGUGCUAGUUAUCGAUACAUCCGUCCGCCGUGCCCGCUCACCCGAGGAGCGGGUCGAGCCGCCGAAGGGCGGCGCGCGCACUUUCCGUUGGAGCCACGUGAGCGCCGACGCGCCUAGGCGGGCGAAAGCGGCGUUCCGUUUCAUUAGUGCUCCGCCGGCAGUCGGGGCGGGACGUCGAGCGUGCGUCGUGGGAUCCUGUCGAGGUUAGGCGUCCAGUGCUCGUCUCAAGGUACUCCCUCUAAUUAUUCGACCUCCCAUCCGCGACUCGACCAAAGAGGUCGAAAAUUCGGCACGCAUAACCUGGACUGCGUCAUCUGCGAGGGAGGAUAGUGCAGCAACGCGGGAAACCGAUAAACAAGGGGACGCCAGGAGAGGUUAAUUUCUUGAGAUUUUACGAACGGUAUCCCGAUAUCCUCCGGUGGAGGGAAGUCGACGCUCCCGGAGGACUAUCGGACGGCUCGAUCGGGGCCCGGUGUUUACGGAAGCGCGACGGGGAGGUGCCGGCCAAGCCCUGGACCGGAGCUCGCCGUUCCCCGGGACCGACUCGGAGGGGCCGUGCCCCAAGGUCGCGGCCUCCGCGGCCAAGGCCGCCCCUGGGUCGGCGAUGUCCAGGGCGAGCUGAGGGCGUCGCGGCGCCAUGUCCGCCGCCACCGCGACCAGUGCUCGGGGCACCGGCGCCGAGUGCAGGAAGUUCGCCCCCAACAUAUUCAACAAGAGCAAGUGCAGCAGCUGCUUCAAGCAGAAGGAGGAGCACAGCGCCGAGGCGUUGGAGUCCAACAGGGCCACAAGGAAGAUCUCGAAAUGCGGCUACCUCUUCGUCGCUCCAGGAUGGGACUUCUCGAACCCCCUCAACAGGACCAAGAGGUGGCAGCGGCGCUGGUUCGUCCUGUACGACGACGGGGAGCUGACGUACUCCGUGGACGAACACCCGGAAACGGUGCCGCAGGCCAGGAUAGACAUGACGAGGGUGCUGGAGGUCGCAGCCGCGGAAGACGUCACUGGACAUCCUUACAGUCUUGCUGUAACCUCUCCCGAGGGGGUGACUUUCGUUAAAGGCACCUGCAGGGAAGAAACACGAUGGUGGGCCGACGUCCUUCAGGUCUACUCCCGCAACAAGGGUCGCCACAAGAGGAACGCCACCUUUCCUGGAGGACAGACCACGAUCCUACAAGUCACGCCUACCAUUCGAAGCAACACACCGAACCCACCUCGACCUCGCUUCAACAGUUGCCGAUCAGAGCCCCGAAGUACAAGUACAUCCUGGAUCACGGAAUCGAGUGCCCCGGACCUAUGUUCUCCAAAUUUCCCGGCAACGAGCACGCCAACGACAUUGUCUUCCACCUCGACGACGAACACCCUCCUCUCGACGAGUCUGAACGGCACGAUGGGUCUCGUGUGCACCGCAGAAAAUGGUACCCUGAAGAACGGGCUCUCGGGGACCAGGAGUACACCUUUGGAGAACGGCACCCAUGGGUUCUCCAGUCCUCCUACGGUGUCGAAUUCGACGAUUUCUGGGGUGUCCCCGAGUUCGGGGAUUUCCACGUCGCCGACGGUGGGGUCCGAAAAGCCCCCCAUGGUGCCCAACGAAAGCAGGACCUAUAGGGACCAACCUGCGAGCAGUGCUUCCCCACCUACGAGGGACAAGCUGAGGGCCGAGGACAAGGCCAGAAGAAGGAUGGGCCAGCAGCAGGGGGAACGUAAUACCACCGUGACAACGGUCGGUUCUAACGAGAAACUCGACGAUGACGCCUGUCGAAGGAUCCUCCUGGAGCAUGAGAGGGAACGAGAGGGGAAGCUGAGGGACAUCGCAGCAUCCUUGACGCAGCCCAGGAUGCGAAGGAACAAGCCCAGGACCUCCGAGCCCACGAGGGACGUAGUGGAUGCCGUGAACGCAGCUCACCAGGAUAAACUGAUCAGAGGCGAUCCCGAUGGCUGCGGCCUGGACAUUUCCGGUACCAGAUACUCUCCGACCUCGGAAUUACGAGUCGAUCUCCCCGCCGAGGACCUGUUGAACAUCAAGAAGGGAUGGCUGAUGAAGCAAGGACUCAACAAGGAGUGGAACAAGCACUGGUUCGUUCUUCGAGGAUGUGGUCUGAUGUACUACCGAGACCCCGGUGCCGAGGACAAGGGCAUUAUGGAUGGUGUAAUCGAUCUGAACACCGUGACCGCGGUUACCCCCAUCCAGGUGGCCAGGAACUAUGGAUUUCAGACCGUGACAUGGGACGACCGAGGAACAACGGUCCUCUCAGCUGUGACAGCUGGGAUCAGGUCCAGCUGGAUGUCGGCCAUCAGAAGAGCGGCCAACCUGCCGGACCCUGAAAACGGGAGCAACGUGGAUCUCCAUGGGGUCUGCCAGGAAAGUCAACAGGAAAUGAGUUCACAGUUGCCAGCCACGUCGGUCACUGAAAGGGAGCGAGAUUCGGUGGUCCCCUCGACUCCAUUGACCCCCAGGUCGGUUCUGUUCUCUUCCGACGAGGAGUAUAGAACCGCUUCGGAAGGAGGUCGGAGAGAGUCCGGAGACUGGUCGGAGAUGCCCGUCUCGCCUCCAUUGACCAGGAACGGGGAUUGGUCUCCGGCCCUGAAGGGGUCCAACUGGUCCGAUGGGGGAAACCACGAGUGGUCCGAGCUUCCUCCGUCUCCCCCUCUGACGAGGACUGCCCUGUCGAGGGUGAAGGCUAGGUCUAGGUCCAGCUCCAGGUCCAGGGUGUACAAGAGGAGCCGCAGUUCGCCCCCUAGCUCUCGAAGGAGCACCUUGGAUAGCGUCCGCUCGGAAGACCUGAUGAUGGCUUGCUGCGAACUAGGCGAGGACGAGGAGCAAACCGAGAACGGCCAUUUACCAGGGAACAAUUGCCUGCCAAACAGCUCGGAUAACCCCCUGAUAGUGGAGCUCCUGGAGAGCCAGGUGACGAUGCUGCGAGACCAGUUGGACCAGAACCAGUCACACCCGAGCGCCUUGCUAGUCAUUAUAGAGAGACAGGAGAGCGAGCUGGAGACCCUGAAGUCGCAGUUGAACUCGGCCAGGACCGAGAUCGCCAAUGCCGAAAAAGAGCUGUCCAGGUUGAGGCAGCAGAAAGCGGAAGCUACCAUCAGGGAGAAGCAGGUGGAAGAGUUGUUAAACACCAUCCAGAGGACCGAGCAACAGAGGAACAAGGAUCUGGAAGACUUGGACAAGGUGAAGAAGCUCUACAGCAAGGACAAGGAGAUGCUGGAGUGCAAGCUGAUGGAGGCCGAAGCCAUCCUUAGGGACACCAACCAGAGGUGCGAAGCACUAACGAACGAGCUCUCUUCUAGCCACCGGACCGUUGAACACCUCCAGGGGGAGACCAACUCCCUAAGCGAUAGGUUGACGCAAGGUAUCGAGGAGAACGAGCGACUCUAUGCAAGGGUGAGGGAGCUCGAGGGGAAAUCUAGUCUCUCAACGUCGAGGGAACGCGGUAGGAGCUUCGAUUCUCUCAGCGACCUGACCAACAUCGACCUCGACCUGGACCUGACCGCGUUGGACAAGGAUCGAAUCGUGGAGGAGUUCGACGAGCUGCGAGGUCGAUUCGAGAAGGCGAUUCUGGAGAUCCGGGCGAUGCGUCGGGAGCUGCGUGAGGCCCACGCUACUCAGGACGCCCUAGAGUUGGAGAUCUUCGCCCAUAAGCAGGAAGCGAUCAGGGUGAGCGACUCGAACCAGGCCCAGGUGCAGCUGAUGGCAGCCAGGAUCCAGGACCUGACGAACAAGUUGGCCGCGAGCGAGAAGCAAGUAAGGACCUUGCGGCAGAAGCUGACGAAAGCCGAAAGUCGCGACAAGAGGAGGUCGCUGUCUCUGAAGGGCAGGGAGUCCUUCCAGAUCUCGCAGGAGCUGGAAGACAAGCUGGUAGACCUGGAGAACAAGAUCUGCGCGAUAGAAAGGGGGAAGAGUAUCAGCGCUCCGGCUUCUGCCGGUACUUCAAAAGAGUCCAGUCCGAAUCCGAAGAAGGAGCGGAAGCGCGAGACCGUGAAGAGCCUGGACCGAGCCAGGCUGCGCAGGAAGUCGCUCGACAGUGCGACCAGCUCCGAGCCGAUGAAGGUCCUCAUCAGGCUGAGCACCUUGGAGACCAAAGUUACGAGCGUCGCGGAGAGCAUGGCGAGCGACGCCGAGAAAGACUCCAGCGAGUGCAGCGAAGCUGGCACUUCAUCGAGCGAGGUCUCGCUGGAGGUCCUGUCGCGUCUGAGGAAGCUAGAGCGAGUCGUAGCUAGGUCUAAGCGUAGGUUAGAGAAGUGCCUGGGCUCGACCCAGGCCGAGGAGAAGGCAGAGAAGUGCCUACGAGAGGUAAACGACAUCCUGGACUCCUGCCUCGAGUGCAAGCGCAGCCAAGUCGGAAGUCAAGCGAUGGAGUCGGCAGGAGUCGUCGUGUCCAGGCUAGAAGGUAUCCUCAGGAGCAAGAUGGACGAGCUGACCAGGAGGAGGCAGACGCUCUCGCGGAACGGUCAGCUGGACGACAAGGAGCGACUGAGACUACUGGCGGAGAGGAUAGCCUUCGAGUCCGUCAUCUUGAGCAGGCUCAGGUGCGCAGUGGGCAAGGCCUCCGACAGGAGCGCGGUCCUGGGGGAGUUGGUGGAAACUAGUCAGCUUAUUUCAAGCCUAAAGUCUAAGGUCCAAGGAACCAAGCCGAAAACCUACCAAAACGCAAACUACGUUCAAUAUCUCACUAGGGUCUUAGCGAAUAAGUUAGUACUUGUAGGUGGAGUCCCGUCAUCAUCAACGGAAUCGCCCCCCUCGAAGGAGGUGGUAGCCGCUCGCAGCGAAAGUUUGAACUUCCUGCUGGAAAAGCAGAAGGAGGUGAACGCGAUCAUGCAGAGGUACAAGGACACGAGGCUCGGGCAGCUCGUAGAGGUCCUGGUCGCCGAGACCAUCAGCAUGUCCGACCAGGAAGACCUGAACAAGCACAUCGGCACCUCGGGUAGCAAACUCCUGGAGGAUAGGCGGAUCCGCGAGGCCUGGGCCCUCGCCCAGGAGACCGUGAACAAGGAACUGGUCCAAUCGGAAAUCUCUCACGUAAUAAUGCGCUAUGGGCAAAUCUACGAGCAGAACGUGACCACCGUCUCUGACAUGUGUCUGAGUUUCGAGCCUUCCGAAAGGGUUAGCCUGGAAUCCUGGGCAGAUGCGGCUCAAGCUAAACUUCGCCAGGAAAUGGAGCUCGCCGUGCACGAGCUGACCAGCGCCUACGAGGAUUGUCUGAGCAGAGCCAUCAGGAGCAAGUUCCAGCUGGACUCUAAGUACGACUCCAGGCAGCUUCUUUUGGAAUACGCCGACGUGAUCGCCCACAAGGCACUGAUAGAGUCGAGGAUAGACCUCCUGCGAGAAGGAGUACCCAGGCAACCCAUGGUCCUUCCAGGUAAUACGUUCGUGAGCAAUCUCCUAGAAAGCGAGAAUAUUAUUUCAAGGUUGGUAGACGAAGACCCCGAAUUCGUCGGCAACGCAGUCCUGGACGCCGAAUACGCUUACCUAUAUCAACAGUUUUCCAAAGACUGCGAGGACAGGAUAUCCGGCAGGUCCAGGUCGAAGGAGCAGCUGAAGAGCAUGGACCACACCUUGAACCUGCUGGAAGAGGAUCUGGUUGAGCUUGGAAAAUCCCUGGCAAGUAAGGUCGACGGCGACCUGGCCUGGCCUAAGUCCAACAUCUCUGUGAACGAUUGGUCCAACGUCUGUGAGAAGUGUGCAGAGAUCAGGGACCACAUCAAGAGACUAGGCGAGUACGUGAAGAACAUGACUUGCAAGCAGUGCAAUCAGCUGCAGGAGACCAUUCAGAGGCUGGCGGUGGAGCACAAGAAGCAGCUGCAGAACCUGCGAGAGAGUCAGGAAAGGGAUUUAAUGGACAUCAGAGGGGAAUUGGACAACCAGAGGCACUCUUUACAGUCGCAGUAUGAGCAGGAAUCUGCGACCCUGAGAGAGAGGGCCAGGAAACUGGAGCACAGGCUCAACGCCAUGGACUCCGAGCACUCGGCUCACGUCAACGAGCUAAGAGCUGCCUAUCAGAGGUCGAUGAGCACCGAACUGGACACGGAUGCGGAGACUCGGAAGAGGUACAAGGAAGAGAUCAAGCAACUCCGGGCUCUCUGCGAGAAGGGGCUGCUGGCCAUGGAGAACUCCCACAGACGCAUCAUCUCGGAGAUGGAGGAGAAGCAUCGGCAGGAGCUGGAGAACCUGAGGAUCGAGAAGGAGCAGGCACUCUCGGAGGAGACCCAGGCUACUUUGGCCGCAUUGGACGCCAUGAGGAAGGCCCACGAGCACGAGGUCCAGAAGGAGAUCGCCAAGUUCAAGCAGGAGUUCAUCAAGCAGGUGCAGGCCAGGGAGGACAUCGGCGCUCUUCAUAAGGAACACGAAGAGGAAAUGGAAGAGAUCAAACAAGAGAUCCUCUCCCUCUCGGCCAAGUAUUCCUCGAAGUGCGUGGAGUCCGCAGCGUUGGAGGAAAAAGUAGGUGCAUUGACCAAACAGGUGACUCAGGCUCAGCAGCACAUAAUGCAGCUGGACGCGAGGAACAAACAGCUGAGGGCGCAUUUGGUGCUGGAGACGAACGACAGCGGGAUCAACGACACCAUCCAGCUGUUACGACGCAGGGACAACAAGAUCGUCGAGCUGAGGGAAGAGAUCCAACGGCUGCAGCAGCAGCUGAAGCUCGGCGAUGUCCCGCGCGAGGCGACCGAGGCGCCGUCGACCUGCUCGCCCCCUCGCACGGACCCCGACGAUUCGGGCCCGGGGGCGAGUAGGGACCCCGUCGGGCCCAGCAGCGAGGCCGACCAGAAGGUGCCCCCCGCGGACAAGCCCGCCCCCUUUUCCUACAGGCUCGAGCGCAUCCGGUCGAUCUCGUUGCCCUAUUCAGGCGCCAUCUUGUCCGCUGGGCCCGCUAGUAGCGCGGCGGUCCAUGAUAGGAACGAGUCCCGCCUCCCAGGCCAUAAGGCCCACGAGCGGAAUGGACUUACCUCUCCCCUCUGGGACAGCCUCAGGCCCAGGAGCGGCCUCCCCCACCAGUAUCAAGGUGGCGCAGCAGCGAUGCGAGUCGUCGGUCCUGGCGUCGGGUGGCCGGAGAACAAGCAAAGUGAAAAGCAGCAACAGCAGGAGGCUUACGCCCUCCGUCUCAACAAUCGUCACACAUCCCGCCUCACCCCGGAACCCGCAGCUCUCUCCGUUGCAGAGCUGAUGAGGUCUCCAUCAGUGAGGUGGUCCGGCAGAAGUUGUCGCAGCUUACCAACCACACCUACGCCCACAUACUAUCACCCACUCCACCCCCCACUGCCUGCGGUGGGCAUGGUCGCAGAGAGGAAGAAGCGUUUCGAGCUGUAAUUGCCGUUAUUGCUGUAAUCGCUGUAAUUGCUGCAAUCGGUGUAAUCACCAUCCCGGCGGACUCGUGCCCGCCGUGGAGAAGCGGACCCGCGAUGAAAGAGGAAGGCGGCUCCUCUAACUCGGUUCCUUUGGGCCUUAUCAAGAGCCCCACGGCCCGAGAUAGCGGGGCAACGUUUAACGUCGAACUUAUUGCCAAAGGAAUUAUACACGAUUAUUACCGCGGGCCGGAAACCAGGCUUGGAAGCGAGUUAACGUAGCUAGGACACUAGGAAUAAGAACGUAGAUUACGGAACGUAGAUUAUCUACACCUCGAGGUACUUUUUAUUAAACCACUAUCGUGCAAUAUCGCGACUGAUUCUCGCGGGGAGGGGACGGUGCUAAUUCCGCGAGUCGAUCUUUUGGAAUCGUAAUCCUGGAUCUGGAGAUUAUUUGACCCUUUGUCGAUCGAGGACCGAGUUACCACGAGGUCGCUUUUGAGGCCGUUCUUGUUCGCGCCAUUUUCAAAAUGGCGACGCGAAGGGGCGCAGGCUUGCUCUUACUUUGGCCCCUGAUAUUUUCGAUGGAACUUUUCCCGGAGUUUUUUCUAGCACGUUUACACGCGGCACGACCGCGGCCGUUUAGGUCGUUUAGGUCUCCGAGCUUUGAUAAAGGCGAUUUUUCGUAACGA